AUGGGUAAGGUUUUCAGGGACGCCUCGAAGCCCUCUUCCUCGCCGGAGCCGGUGACGGCGUCCACGUCGACGACGGCGACCAUCAAUGGAUCUCACGAGUUCAAGAUCACGGGGUAUUCGUUGUCGAAGGGCAUGGGGAUCGGGAAAUACAUAGCGUCGGAUACGUUUAGGGUCGGCGGGUACACGUGGGCAAUUUACUUCUAUCCGGACGGGAAGAGCGUGGAGGAUAAUGCGACUUAUGUGUCGCUUUUUAUUGCUCUCGCGAGUGAGGGAACGGACGUGAGAGCGCUUUUCGAGCUGACUCUUCUGGAUCAGAGUGGGAGGGAGAGGCAUAAGGUUCACAGUCAUUUCGGGAGGGCGUUGGAGAGUGGACCCUACACUCUUAAAUACCGAGGCAGCAUGUGGGGCUAUAAGCGAUUUUUCAAAAGAACUGCUUUGGAGACUUCUGACUAUUUGAAGGACGAUUGUCUUCAUGUUCAAUGUUGUGUUGGCGUUGUUAGUUCUCACACAGAAGGACCUAAGAUCUACUCUAUACCAGUACCCCCAUCAGACAUUAGCCAACAUUUUGGGAAGUUGCUGGAAAGUGGAAAAGGAACUGAUGUGAACUUUGAAGUUGAUGGAGAAAAUUUUUCUGUUCACAAAUUAGUGCUUGCAGCUCGUUCACCUGUGUUUAGAGCACAGUUGUAUGGGCCAAUGAAGGACCAGAACACAGAAUGUAUAAAAGUUGAAGACAUGGAAGCACCAGUUUUUAAGGCUCUACUUCAUUUUAUAUACUGGGAUGCAUUACCUGAUAUGGAAGAGCUUACUGGUGUAAACUCAACAUGGGCUUCAACCUUGAUGUCUCAGCAUCUGCUUGCCGCUGCUGAUCGGUAUGGGUUAGAUAGGCUCAGAUUGCUGUGUGAGUCUACCCUCUGUGAACAAGUUGCCAUCAAUACUGUCGCAACAACACUAGCGCUUGCAGAACAGCACCACUGUAUCCAGUUGAAAGACAUGUGUCUCAAAUUUGUGGCGUUGCCUGAAAACCUCAGAGCUGUUAUGCAGACGGACGGGUUUGAGUAUUUGAAAGAAAGCUGUCCUCAUGUUCUGACUGAGUUGUUAGAGUAUGUUGCAAGGAUCACUGAACACUCCAUAGCUGUUGGAAAGCCAGGAACUGAAGGUAUUUUGGAUGGUAGUGAUGUCAACGGUAGACGUGUGAAGCAAAGGCUGGCAGUCGAGACGUACGACCUGUUUGACGACAUAGUCCUCUUGUCUGACGGACAAAUCGUCUAUCAGGGCCCUCGUGAACAAGUGCUCGGGAGCCUAUCGGAAUCCGUCCUCGAUAGUCGAUAA